AUGUCUCAAAACUCAGUUGUGCUAUUGACAAGGCUACUUUCGUUAAAAGAGUCUUCGUCAUUUUACUUGGUCCUUGAUUCCUUAGCACAAUCGUCGUACUAUCUAAUCCAAGAAAUUGUCCACAACAGUCCAAAUACCAACAUCAUAUAUUUAUCCUAUGAAACCAUCAAUAGACCAAAAUAUGCCACAGAAUUCUUGGAUUGUACCGAAACCACUCCUGAUAACGUUGCAAAAUUCGUCCAAUCCAAUGUUAGCAAAACUAACAAAACUCUUGUGAUUAUUGAUUCCCUCAAUUACAUCCCAAGCGAAGAGAUCACUGCGUUUAUCACCAAAUUGGCCAAUCCUUUGAUCACUUUGUUGGGUGUGUUUCAUACCAAUUGUCCAAUACCUCAACAAAAUACAUCAUAUCCCAACACAGCUACUUUAUUGACAUAUAUUGCAACUACCAUCUUUGAAAUCGAGCCAAUUGUGCUGGUGCUAACCGAAGAAGAACUAUAUGGAAAAGUAAGCAGAUUGAAUAUUCCAGUUAAUCUUAAUUCCCCUCAGUUUAAACUUGUAUUGACAAACAGAAGGAAGUCGGGGAGAUCCUUAAUCUACACAUUCAUAAUUGACACUGCUACCCAUGCCUACGAAAUCUUUAAACAACACGAGGAAGAGGAACCAAUCGAAGACGAAAGGUUAUUGAAAGACUUGACAACGUUCAACUUGACCACUAGCAAUAAACAAAGACUUGCUCGUGAACAAGUUGAACUUCCAUACAUGGAAGCGCAAGAAUCGUUGGGUUCCGCUGGUGGUGCCAUCGUUUACGAGUUUGAAAAAGAUGAUGAUUAUGACGAAGAAGAUCCGUACGAAGAUCCUUUCUAG